UUUAGUUAAAGUGGGUGCACUGGGGCCUUCGGGACCGUUUGAUCGGUACGGGCCAGUUGAAGGUGGCCGAAUCGGUGGCCCUUUGACGGCCGAUAGAGUGGGGGCGGCCGCAGCCGCGGCUGGGGAGGUGGAGGGGUACGGGGUUGCUGGUGCUGGGGGUGGUGGUGCCCCUGGUAUUGCUGCAAGCACCCCAAGAAUACGUGAGGCCACCCUUGGAGGUCCACGUUGUGCCCCUCUUGCUCUUACCCAGGCCCACAAUAUUGGGAGAUGUAGCGGAUUGGCGAUGCUUUUGACCUGCGCAGGAUGCAAAAAGCCAAUAUUAGAUAAAUUUUUUCUAAAUGUAUUGGAACGAGCAUGGCACAUUGAUUGUGUUCGCUGUUUUGAUUGUGGCAUUGAACUUCAAGAAAAAUGUUUUUCACGUGAAUCAAAAAUUUUUUGUCGAAAUGAUUUUUUCAGACGAUAUGGAACAAAAUGUAGUGGUUGUCUUCAAGGAAUAAGUCCCCAAGAUUUAGUACGAAAAGCAAGAGACAAAGUAUUUCAUUUGAAUUGUUUUACCUGUAUUGUUUGUCGAAAACAACUGACAACAGGAGAAGAGUUAUAUGUUCUGGAUGACAACAAGUUUGUUUGUAAAAAUGACUACCUGUCGGGAAAGCCCCUUGCUGAUGCCCAUCAUACUCAUGGACAUCAUGAAUCGCCGAUUAUGCCAACAGGUGGUGAUUCAUUGAUGGGUUCUGGAUCAGAGGAUGAAGAUGAAGAUGGAAGUAAUCAUCAUCAUCAUCAUGGUAGUGUUGGUGGUAGUCAUUUAGGAAGUCAUAGUUUGGGUCCAGGAAGUGCUGGUGAUCAGAGUAUUGGACAUAGUAGUGAUUUACCUCUUGGCAGUGAUUCGUGUAAACAAGAGGAUUCAGAAGAUCAAGGUUCAUUGGAUGGUGAUCCAGAAACAAGAGAUAGUCAAACGGAAAAUAAAAGUCCAGAUGGUGGUGCUGGUGGUAGUGGUGAUGGUGGUGCUGGUUCAAAAAGACGUGGUCCAAGAACAACAAUUAAAGCCAAACAAUUGGAAAUACUUAAAACAGCAUUUUCAGCAACACCAAAACCAACAAGACAUAUUAGAGAACAACUUGCUAAAGAAACUGGUUUACCAAUGCGAGUGAUACAGGUAUGGUUUCAAAAUAAAAGAAGUAAAGAACGCAGAUUAAAACAAUUGACAACAAUGGGUAGAAGUCCAUUUUUCAAUGGUUCAAGAAAAAUGCGAGGUUUUCCAUUAAAUUUAAAUCAUGGUGGUCUUGGUGGUGAGGAUGGUCCACCACCUGGAUUUCCAUAUUUUCCAUCUGAUAAAUUUGAAUUUGGCUAUGGUGGUCCAGUAGGAUAUCAUGAAUUUUUCGGUGGGCAUCCACCACCACAUUCACAUGGACCACCCUUCCCUGGACCAGGCAAUCCGAUGCAAAAUUUAUUUGUCACAGGUUUAGACCCAGCAAGUUUAGCAGGAAUGGCAGCGGCUGCGGCUGUCGCGGGGGAGUAUCCACCACCGGGUGCCGCGGGCGGCCCCCCGGAAUUUCUUACGGGGCCUCCGGGACAGGGUAACCAGCCACCGUCGGGUGGAAGUCCUGGCGAGUUUCUAGCACCUACAGGUGGCGGACAGGGUAAUCCCAGUGGGGGUGGUAAUUGUGGUGGUCCUGGGGGUGGAGGUGGAGGCGGUGGAGGUUUUCCUGAACAACAUCAAAUGCAAAAUGAGGGCCUCGUUUGGUAGAACAAGUUUUACAUGUAAUUAUACACUUAAAUUAAUGAAUUAAAAAAAUAUAUAUAUAAAUAAAUCAUUUUGAAUAUCGAUUGAAUCGAAAGUAAAAUCAUUGACACAUCAAAAAAAAAAGAAACAAAAAAUAUUAUAAAGUAAAAAAUCAAAGUAAACAAAAAGCAUGCUUACAUUGAUAUAAUUCAUUUUAUAAAAAAAAAAAAAAAAAAAAUGAUAAGAAGGAAAAAUACAAUUGCACAAAGACGUACUUUAUAUAUAUUUUAAACUUUUGUUUUGUAAAAAAAAAAAAAAAGAAAAAAAA